AUGGACCUGGAGAUAAAAAGGAAGAGGAGAAAGAGGGUUGUAUCGAGUCAGCCGAAGAUUAGGUGGGACGCUUUGAACAAGGACAAUGCCCAGGAGCUGGGGGAGCAGUUGAGGGCAAUGGGAGCCUGGAGGAGUAGCGGGGAUGCGAGUAGUAUGUGGACUACGACGGCUGCUAACAUCAGGGAAGCGGCAAGAGAGGUGCUAGGGGUCUCAAAGGGUUACUCUGACAAACACAAAGGAGACUGGUGGUGGAACGGAGAGGUACAAGGUAAAGUGGAAGCUAAGAAAACAGCGUAUCUAAAGCUAGUAGAGAGCACAGACGAGGAAGAGAAGAGGACUAACAGGGAGCUGUAUAAGAAAGCGAGGAAGGAGGAGAAGUUAGCGGUUACGGCGGCUAAGACGACUGCUUUUGGACGCUUGUAUGAAGAUUUGGGGGGAAAGGGGGGGGGGGGGGGGGGGGGAGGGGGGGACAAGAAGUUGUACAGGCUAGCCAGAGUGAGGGAGAGGAAGGCUCGGGACCUGGAUCAAGUGAAGUGUAUCAAAGACGAGGGAGGGAAAGUUUUGGUAGAAGAUGCCCUUAUUAGACGAAGAUGGCAGUCCUACUUUCAUAAACUCCUGAACGGAGAGGGGGACCGAAACAUAGUUUUAGGCGAAUUGGAGCUCUCUGAGAGCCGCCGCGAUUUUGGAUACUGCAGGCGGGUCAAGGUUGAAAAGGUCAAAAGGGUUAUGCGGAAGAUGAGCAGGGGGAGGCCGACCGGGCCAGAUGAAAUACCGGCAGAAUUUUGGAAGAAUGUGGGUAGAGGAGGCUUAGAGUGGCUUACGCGGUUGUUGAAUGUUAUUUUUAAGACGGCGGAGAUGCCUGAAGAGUGGAGAUGGAGCACCAUGAUCCCGUUGUAUAAAAACAAGGGGGAUAUUCAGAACUGUAACAACUAUAGGGGUAUCAAGCUGUUGAGCCAUACAAUGAAAGUUUGGGAGAGAGUGGUGGAAGCGAGGAUGAGGAAGGAUAAGAAGACUGACUUGCACAUGGUGUUUGUCGACCUUGAGAAGGCUUACGACAAAGUCCCAAGAGAGGUGCUGUAG